UUCCACGAGUCGCGUCAGGAUCGUGGGUGAUUGACGUUCGCGUAGUGGCCACGUUUUUCAUAACUGUACAUAAACUAUUAAAAGUUCUGCGAUGUGAUCAGUGCACAGUGCCGUGUACCAACGAAUAUGCUUUCGAUAAAUCGUGGACAGUAGUCUCACUAUGAACGUAUACCUGCAAUUUACAUUGUGUAAGAGAUCUUUGACCGCUGUAUUCGUAUUCGUAGCUAUGUUCAAUCUCUACACUCGAUAAGCCCGCGUGGCACGAAUUAACAGUGAAACCGAAUCUUCCACGGCCGCGGUUAUUCCGUGUUUUAUUUUCAUUUCGAGGCCCCGUGACUGUGAUAGUUACAAUACACGCGUGUGUAAUAAAUGUUAGAAUCGUUCGAAGACUCGCACAAGGGGGGGGACACUGUUACCAUUUCAAAUUUAUGUUUCGAAGGGACUAAAGCGAUGAGAUAAGCUUGCGAACGAAAACAGGAUGGCUCGUCACGGUAGCGAAAGGUCCUUGCAUUCUCUCCAAUCGAUGCAUCCAGGCUCCUCGACCCAUGUAAACAAUACCAACGAAGCUUCCGCGACGGAAUUGGCCCCUACGUCGCCAGCAACAUGUAUUGACGACAACACGAUCAAGGUCAAUGCCGAUAGCAGCGUGGUUAGCACGAGCAGAACUGCAACGGGUACCGUUCCAUCACCCUCGAUACCUUCGGUAGCCUCUCCGUGGGACUCCCGAAUACCACGACCCUCGCCUACAAGCCUGCGUCGCUCGGCGAGCAUGCGCAUGCGCGGUGAAUGGGUUUCGCCGAAUCAACCGUCGCCACUAUCUAGUACCGCGGCCACCGCGGCUCUGACCAGACACCAUCACCAUCAACGGCGCUUGAACUUUUUGCAACACCAGCAACACCAUCAUCUGGACCAUCACAUUUUCCCUGUCAUCACGGAGAAUGGAACUGAAUCACCGCGUCAACGUUCUCUCAGCCUUUCAUUGACCCCGGCGAGGCCGCGAUCUGGACACGCGGCCUCCGCAGGAUCAAGCACAGGAAUUGCCGACGACAGCGAUGCGGAAAGUAUAAAAAGUUACGGAAGUGCCUGCAGUACCGCAAGCGCCUGUGAGCAUGCUACCUUUGCCUUCAACGGUACCACAUGGUCCGGUAAAUCAAAAAAAUACGUUGUCCACUGUUCCAACCAUAACGGUGACAAUGAGCAGUACCUCACGCCUACCCAAAGAGCAGCUAGACAAGUUAGGAAGUUUCAGGCUUUGUUGAAAGAAGCACGAAAAGAGAUCGAGGAGAAGGAUCAGGAAAUCUUUCGGUUGACGAAAGAGGUGGUGGAGUUAAGAUUGUAUAAAGCUUCUCUGAACAGUCCAGAUGAGAGAACGGAUAGCAGCGAUGCUCUCACCGUACGGGAAAAUAAUCCAUUCUCGCCGGAAUCCCCUACCAAGGAUUUACCGGACGAGGGUACAUUACAGAAAAUCGCUAGUCCAGAUACUCCGGAGAAACGCGUCCAUUCCGAUUUACCUUCCUCUCUGGCGGACUCGGGUCAUUUCGAAGACGGGUCUAUCCACUCGAAAGACUCGGUGUAUCUGCCAGAAGCACAGCCAGAAACCAUUACAAUUGCCACAACGCCUGAUAAAGUUGCCGAGGACACCACUUCCGACACAUAUACCACGUCAGCCGAAGAAACACCGGAAAAGGACGAGGAGAGACGCAAACUGGUGAAUCAUUACGAAAGUAGGAUCGAGGAAAUGCACCGCAGACACGUCGACGAGCUUCAAGAGCUCAAGGAAAAGCACAAUGACAAGAUUGAGAGUUUAUUGAAUCAAUUGGCUGAAGUGAAUACGCGUUAUUGUGAAAUUAGACCAAGCGUCGACGCUGCGGAAACUCGAGCUCACGAGUUAGAAGUGGAAUUAGAGGCUGUGAAAGCGGAACUAGUUGAGCAAAAGACUUUGUUGCACGAACAAGAGGAGAGGAAUAAACAAAUGUACCUGAAAAUGUAUGCCAAAGGCCAAGAAGCAGCGCGCAUAGAACAAGCUGACAAGAUACUUGAACACGCACAUAAAACGCCACCAAAAGUUACCGUUGCAGAGCUACUUCAACAACUGACAGUCACACAAGCGGAAUUAGAAAAUAUUAAGGACACAAGCUACUCGCCUGAACCUCACAUUUCAGCCGAUCGUAGCCACACUUUAUUAAGUGCUCAGGAGGCUGUUUCUCUCUGGGUCCUUGGCACACGUAAGGCGAUGUAUCGACGUAUCGUUGAGACGAGAAGUAACCAAGGUGCCCUUGAUCCAGAGAUCACUUUGCAGUUCCUAAAAUCGGCGAUCUACUAUUUCCUAACCGACAAGGAAAAUCAUCAUGGUCAUCUGAAUGCCAUCGAGAGCAUUCUGGGAUUCACAGAGGCUGAGAAACACAAUAUCGAUAAAAUACAUCGAUCAGCAAGAAAGUAAUACAUUAUUACAGCCUUCUAAAUAGUAAAUUUCAUUCCAGAUAGACAUGUGGUUUCAGACAAUCUCUUAUUAGUUGGUACAAAAAUAUAUGGUCAGGUAGGAAUUAUACCUUAAUUACAUUCUACUUAAAAAACUUCUAUACCAAUAUAAAAAUUCAUAUUUAUUUACUUACCCGAUGACCAACCAUUGAAAGCAUGCAAAUUUUGUAUAAAAUAAUUUUAAAUUUUUAACACUCCAGGCACUUGAACGAUACUGUCUUUUACUUGUACAAUGUGUUCGGUAUUUUUAUUAGGGAAAUAGUUUUUCGGUUACAAAAUGCAUUAUAUUUUGUAUACAACUAUAAUAAGCAAAGAUUUAACUUUGUGAAAAUGUUUCUAUACACUCUUCAAUAAGCAGUCAACGUGCUUGUCUUCCACUUUUCCAUAAUGCCACAGCUUUUCUUUCGUUCCAACUAAAAUUAACUCUUUUUUUUAUUGCAUGCUAAUACACCAUAAUAGUAAUAAAAAUCUGAAGUUUUGUAGAAAUAAUUUGCUAUCUUUCGUUCUGUAGAAACAUCACUAUUUUGUGUUGAUGUAAAAAAGCAAGUUUUAGGGGUGCAACAAGUUUUCAAACUCUGAUUUUUCUUCUAAAUAUUGAAAGAAUGUUUUAAUCCUUUGAUGAGAAAUUAAAAAAUAAUUUUGACAUUAUCUGCUGCCAAAUAAUGCUAUUGAAUUGAAUAAUAACAAUUUUUUUUCUUAUAAUUGGUAGGUAUUUUUGUUGGAAUCAAUCUUUAAACCAGAAAUUACAGGAAUUUUCUCAUUUUUGAAGCUGUUAUGUACAUGUUAGGAAGCUGGUUCCAUAUUUAUGAUCCAAAAGCACCAGUGACUUUAAUAUACAAUAAAGAGGUGAUAUAAAAGAAGACAUAGAUUGAUAGCUUCAACUGACUAUGAUUUAACACCACACAAUGUCCGUCCAAAGUAUACAGGGUGUUCCCCCUGGGGAAAAAUUUUAAUGGGGCCAAUGGAUUCUAGAGAUCAAAAUAA